UUAUAAUAGAAAUCCACGCCUUUACUGAUAAACGAUCCAUACAUAUUAAUUAGCCGAUGGGCAAAUAUUUAAUAAAAACAAAUUUUCUGUUCAUUUUUUUGUCAGCCCGUGAAUUCAAUUCGGAAACUUCUGUUAAUUUACAUGAAAAGCGGGUUCAUUUGUCAAAGAAACCCAAAUCAAAGGAAUGUCCGAUAUGCCACAAGAAAUUUGAUAGAGACUAUUUCAAGCAGCACAUUCAAAAUGUUCAUACAUCAGAGCGUAAAUUUGUCUGCGAUAUUUGCGAUGAUGGGUUUAAAAGUUCUACUCUGCUCCAACACCAUAAGCUAUUGCAUUUUGAGCGUAAAUUUCCAUGCAAUAUAUGUACAAAAAAAUUCAUACGCUCAAGUGAUCUUAAAGUGCACAUGCGUUCUCACACUGGAGAAGAACCAUUCGAAUGCCAUUUGUGUGACCGACGGUUCAAAAUAAAAGUACAGCUCAAUUAUCAUCUGCAGCAACACGCUGGCAUCAAACGAAAAUGCGCAGAGUGUGGAAAAGAGUUUAAUAACGUAAAACAAUUGAAAAUCCACUCUUACAAACACACCGGAAUGCCAUAUAGAUGUUCGAUGUGUGAUUAUGGUUGCGCAAAGCGUGAAGUGUUUAGGCACCAUUUGUCGAGGAUGCAUAAUAUGACUAUGACUCCCGAUGAGUAUCGUGCUAUGUUCAAAGCAAAUACCGGCCGAAAUCCAUGCGUGAAACCGUUAGAGGAGUUACAAGCAAAGGAGCAAAAAUUGGAAC